AUGUACACAAACCCAAUAAUCCCAGGCUCAAACCCAGACCCAUCCAUAAUCCGUGUCGGAGGGGACUACUUCCUCGUAACAUCCACCUUCGAAUACACACCCUCCGCCCCAAUCUACCACAGCAAGGACCUGAUAAAAUGGACACUCAUCGGGCACGCACUAGCCCGGCCAUCGCAGCUGCAGAUCCAGACCCCCGAGCCCGGGGGUGGAGUGUGGGCGACCACGAUCAGAUAUAACGACGGGGUGUUUUAUAUCGUUACCUCGGCGUUUACCCGGUAUCGGCCGCAGGAUGACGAUAGGGUUUGGCCGAGGGGGUUUUAUGUCAAGACGAAUAAUAUUUGGGAUGAGGGCAGUUGGAGUGAACCGGUUUGGUUUGAUGCUGUCGGGUUUGAUCAGGAUCUCUUCUUUGAUACGGAUGGUACUGUCUACCUAAGUAGUACAUACCGCAAACACGACAGAACGCCUGUCCCGGCUGGUACAAAACAGUUAAAAGACUUUGGCAUCCAUAUCUGCACCAUUGACCUCGAAACGGGAACACCGACUUCAAAACCCAAACUCAUCCGCUCCUCGAAUUCUGGUGUCUCUGAAGGCUCUCAUAUCUUCAAGCGCGGGAAAUACUACUACCUCUUCACAGCAGAAGGUGGGACGGAGUCUGGACACUGCGAGUGGGUUUUCCGCAGCGAAGACGGCCCGUUUGGACCCUGGACGCCUGGGCCGGUGAAUCCGCUUUGGAGAAAUGGGGUUCAUGAUGAGAUUCAGAAUACGGGACAUGCGGAUUUUGUGGUUGAUGAGGCCGGACGCUGGUGGGGGGUAUUUCUAGGGGUGAGGCCUGUUUGGAGGGAGGCGGAGGGGAGGUGGGAGGAAAGUGUUUUCGGGAGGGAAACAUUCCUCGUCCCCGUUGACUGGGUCGACGACUGGCCGGUUGUAAACUCCGGGAAGAAAAUAACCCUACAGAACGACUCGCCUCAUCUUUAUGAGUACGCGCCGCCUGUUGAAUGGCGCGACGAGUUCACCUCUCCGACCCUGCAGCUGGGGUGGUACAGGAAGAAUACGCCCGUGAAGAAGGACUACACUAUUCUAUGCACCCAACCAGGUAAUAAAGGUGGGCUACGUCUCCACGGCGCUCCGUAUACUCUCUCGACACCUGCCUGUCCGACGCUCUUCUUGCGCAAACAAACGCAUAGAUUCUGUGUUUGGGAGACGAGGUUGAGGUUUCUUCCUGACUCGGUAAAUGUCGAGGCUGGGACGGUGGUUUAUUUAAAUUAUUAUACGCAUGUCAGUAUCGGUGUCCGCUUAGAUCCAUCUUCAACGUCGGAUACAGAUGCUGGGAAGCGGAUUAUCCGAUUUACACCUACAAGCGCAGCACCGGAGGCUCAGGGUGUGGAUAUCCCGCUGGUUUCGCCGGAUAGUGACGUGAUACUUCGGAUUGAAUGCGGUGAUGCGUACCGGUUUGGAUUCCGGGAAGUGUUGCCGGGUGGUGCAGAUGCAGGUCUAGAGAUGUACUGGGUUGGGGAGGUGAAGAAUAGAGACCUUGUUGAAGCACCGCUGCCUGUUGGAGCGCCGUUCACGGGGGCCAUGCUGGGACUUUAUUCAUGUGGUGAUCGGGAGGCGGUUCUUGCGCCGGCGGAUUUUGCUUAUGCUGAAAUAACUGGGUUAAAUCAUUAG